AUGCAACCCCUAGUUGAGAAGCCUGAUGCGCUGUUCUUCCUGGCUGUCUUCAGCAUCUGUUGCACAUUCAUCUGCACUCCGUCUGCCCGUGCCAACGAGACGUCAACUGACGUAACCACGGAAAUGUCCAACGUCACCGCUGCACUGGCGACUACCGUCGCCGAAGAAACAACGCAACCGGAACAAACUGCCGCAGCGACAACGGUGACGCCAGCGACCGACGCCGCCACGACGAUGACGUCACUACCAGCGACAGCAGCGCCUCCUAGGCCCACACUCGUGGUGACGCCCAGUGACCGUUGCGGGUGCGACCUGACCAUCAGCUCGUGCGACGUGGACUGUUGCUGCGACGGAGACUGCAGUCCAGACGACUCCAGGGCGUUCCAUCUUUGCGUCGACAAGAAACCCGGGGAGCCAGACCUGAGGUACUGCACCAAAAGAGACGUCAUCUUCCGCAACAGGACGCUCUUCGAGAAAAGACCGGUCGGAGACUUGCUGUGCAUCGUCGUCGACAACGUCAAGAAGAAGGACGUCUAUCCAGAUCCUCCGCAGAUAAAGACGCUGGCCGAUGCUCACCGCUUGAUUAAGGGCAAGGUCGCCCACGACUGGCUGCCUGCUGACGGCUUGAGGCGCGAGCCCCAGGCGCUGUUCAAAGCGGGAAGCCCUGUUCUUCGGGUGGAUGACAACGGCGUCGUCGAGGAGUGGAGACUGCCAACCAAGCUGUUCAGCUCUCGCUGCGAAGCGACCGAAGCGAUCGGCUACCUUCGCGACGCCGACUACGAAUGCCGGCGUAAGAUCGGCAGCACGCUGGAACAAUCGUGCUCGUCAGAACCCGCCUUCUCCGCCUUCGCCUACCACAGCAACUUCUCAAUACUGUCGAGACCCGAGGAAAGGUUGAGAAUAGAGUCAUUCGUGUGUUAUAACGACUCGUGCCUGGCGGCCAAUACGAGCGACUGCGCGCCUCGCUACGUCGACGGUUCUUGCAUCCACGUGGUUUCGGAUGCCUCUUUCCGAGUCUUCCACAGCGGUGCCGAUGGCAUCGACAGGAUUGAAGCUCACUACAAGCUCGUCACGCUUAAACCUCACACUGUGGAGUUUAGCCAACGGUUCAGCGUCUCCUUCGUUUGGGCAUCUUCGAACGAAGCUGAAGCGAUUAAAGUGAGCGGCAAUCCGGGAUACUUAUCAGGGCUUCCAGUACUGGCAGGCUGCUUCGGUCAGAAUGGGUCGGCCUGCAAGGAACAAGAUUCCUCGAUGUUCCUCGCGGUUCCCGAAACAGCUGACGGGGACUGCUCUUCUCCCGCCAGGAGGACCACCGUCAAGUUUCGCUACAACAUCAGAACCGGCUGUCUCCUGUGGCCCUCCAGGUUUCCGAACUGUUCCGCGCUGCAGGACGCUCUGCUGGCCUACGUCACUUUCGCCGACCGUCACGUGACCCACGUCGCGAGCUUCGGGAACGCCAACAGGUCCCAGGUCUCCGACUUUGUUCCGGUUCUGGUCGAGAACUCGCCUCCGACAGAUUCGAGAGAAGCGGGCGCCUCUCUGACUGCCGGAAGUGACGUCUGCGUCCUGCCCGCGACGGAAGUCCGCGUCUACGUCCUGCACGCCCGCACCGAACACUCGUCCAGGCCUCAGGAGAAGGUAGUUUCGGUUUUACGCUCGUACAGCGGAGGCGGCGGCGGCGCGGCCGAAGUUCGUCUCUCUCGGCGCCUUCCGGUGGAAGUGACGUACAUGGCCACCUUUGUCGACGUCACGCGCGCGCCUCGGCGCAUCUUCGCGCCUCCGCCCACGAUCGACGCUCGUCUGCCUCAGGAUUUUUUCUAUCCCUUCUUUCUGGAGUCAGCGGCGAAAUACCACAGCCUAAGUGCGAUCUGUUGUUCUUUGUCCCUCCUCGUCGUCGCAUCCGCCGACUUUUGGCUGCUGACGUCUCUGCCGUUAUUGGAGCAUUGUUAAGAGAAACAUCUGGAACUGCUUGGUUCUUCCAGGCGGCGGAUGCUUCAAGGCCAACAUCUGCUCGCGGCCGACCUUUUGGGACGAAAUGAACGCGUCGUAUAAGGCAGCAGGGUUUUUUUUUUUUUUUUUUUUCGUCGAGUGUCGAGAGAUCUUUAAGGCGAGCCCUUUUUUCCUCGUAACGAGCCUUUCCCGAGAGCUGUGCAUGCGAGCGCGCGUCGAGCCAUUGGUUAUGAAAUCUCACUAACGCAGCUGGUGAUUAAAAUUUCACUUGAAUCAGAACUCUUAUAUUUGCUUUGCGAGCAAAUAAAAUCAAACUUGCGUGUUCUCAUUUUCGCUGGCGUACUCGCAUCCUUCGCGUUUAAUUUCCUAUUAUUGUUGUUUUCGAAUAUUUUGAGUGUAGCAAUACGCUUGCAAGCAUUACCGCGGUCUUCGGAGUUCUGUCUGCCAGAGUUCACUAAGUACACGUUUUCGCUAUUGAAGUGAUUGUUUCCGGUCAAGCAAUUUCGUUUACUGCUUAUGUGUUCUAUGGCGAUUUAUUCAUUUAAAUUACCUGGCGGCAGUUAUAUGUCUACCAGCUCUAAUGUUUCUCGUGUUUUAUUGAUACAUGCUUCGAAUAGCUGAGAAACGUUGCUGCAUCUUCAUACCUGUGGUUCUUGCGAAUGGCGACUCGCUAGCCAUAGUCGCUAAAAGAGCUGUAAGACCUUGAUCUUUAUGUUGUCAGCACAAGCCUAAUGAGAUGUUACUCCAUCGGCAUACUCUCUGAACGCUCUUCUCUCAUGAUGAACUUAUAGAAAGCGCUAUCUAUUUAUUUUAUUUAUCUUUGACCCACGGCGCCGAUUUGGCAUUACGGCGGGCGGGGGGGGGUGAUACAUAUAACAUAACACAUAAAAGCAGUUAUAUGGCAGCAUGGACAACAAAAUUAGAAAAACAGCAUCGUCAUCAACAAAAUCACCGAAAAGACCAACAUACAUCGACGCAGUACACAAGUGUGUUUUAAAACCUAACAGAAAGGUUAUCAAAAGGCUGCGGGUUGUCCACUAUACUAGCUGAGGUGCUUCUGCCUUUUCUAAGAUCUGCAGGUCUUAAUGAAACUUUGUGAAUAUCGGUUUAGGGUGUAUGCCUGUAUCCGUGCGUUUGUGUGCCGUUUGUGGGUCUAUGUAAUCAGUGUGUUUACCAUGCCUGCCACCACCCAACACCUGGAGCCAGGUCAUCAGCCCCGGCCUCCGAUUUCCA